GAGAGCUGCUGUUCUCUGUAUGUAAUAGGUUAAAGAUCCAGUGGAGAAUGUGAUGGCGGAAAUGGGUGGCUCUUUUUCGGGAGCUGAAAUGGUUACUGUCCUUAUGUCAUGGCACGGAGGCGAUUCUUUUGAGAUGACCCAAAAGCCUGAUGACUCCCUUGUUCUCCAGGCCGUGGGGCUUCAGGGAGUGAGGCAUGUUCCAGGCAAGAGAGUAGGCAUGGCUAGAGCAGAGCAUCACAGAUGCAGUCAGCAAGAAAGCUGGGGCAUUGAGAUUUUUGAGUGAUUCAGCAACCUGGCCAGGAGGAGGUGCCCAUCCAUUUCCUGCGAUCCCAGAGCAGCCUGCGCGGCCCUGGAAGGCAGAAAGGCCAUGCAUGGCCACCCCAAACAGUGAGUUCUCAGCAUCCUGCGCUACACCCGACAGCCAGCAGGGGGCGACGGACUCCACCCUUUAAGAGGAGGAUGGCCCACGUGAGUGUUCCUUCAGAGGGCGUUCAGCUCAUCCUCAGUGAGGUAAUUUCCUCAGGAACUUCCCAGGAGGCUCGCCAUGGCUUCAGGACUGCGUGGGGUGGCAUCAGUGUGAGGCGAACACUCCCCUGUGCGCGCCACAGUGGCUAAGGAGGGGGCUGGGCCGCCACUUGUCUGUCCCAGAGGAUUUUCUUCAGAGCCUGCCUUUUUUGGACUAGUCCCAUGUGGGUUAUUUUCUGCUUUCUCAGAUUCGGGGUUGUUCUGGGGGGAGAAACCCCUGCACAGGUUCAGAGAGAGAGAAACACGUGGAUGAUGAUGGUGAUGAUGAUGAUGAAAGGAAUAUACAAGAUCUCAGGACCUUCCAGUCCAAUGAGCUGAGGGACAUGGGAUGUACCUGGCAGAGAUGUAUGGAAUCCACAGUCCUAAGGAACUCAAACCAGGAGAUCAUCGAGGAGCUGGCUGAUGGGUUCAACUACUCCAUCUCCCUAGACAAGGGGCAGAUGCACCGGGACACCAAGAAGGGCCGACAUUGGUCUUGGUGUGAAAAGGAGUCCACACUGUGCCUGGAUGAGGCCUGCACAAUGCGGACGCUCCAGGAAGGCACAAUUCAAAUGUUAGAGUCCCUGGUACCAGCAUACCCAAGUGAAAACAUCUCCUACAUCACCACAUUCCUGGACCCCUACCAGGCCUUCACCAGCUCCCAACAGAUCCUGGGCCAUUUUUUUAAAAGAUACAGACGCUCCUUCCCAUGUUCAGACGUGGAGGAAGGAACAGAAGAACCACUGAAAAGGGCCCUCUCGCCCAUGCUGCACAGCUGGGCAGAUCAAUACUUACAGGAGGACUGGCAGACCCUGCACCAUCCUUGGUUAAAACUGAUGGUGGCAUACAUACACGCCAGCUUGCCUGGCUUAGACCUGAAGUGCUGUGACCCACUGUCCAUGGUCCAUUUGGAACAUCUAGGGCCCACUGAGGCAGAAAAAGAGGUGCCAGCUCCAGAGCCCCAGCCUGCUGCAAAGUCAGAACAAAGGCCAACUCUGGAUUUAGAGCGUGUUCCAGCUCCAUUUUUACUACCGCCUUUAGUGAUGGAGCCACCAUCAACGGCUCCAGUAUUGGAGCAAGAGCAAACAUCAGCUCUGGCACAAAUGCCAAGCCCUGAGCCGGAGUCAGCUGGAUGUUCAGCUAUAUUCAGAAUUUGCUUUCCACCUCUGAAAGUAGAUACAGAGCCAGCUCCAGCCUCAGAGGCCUCAUGCCCCUGGCAUGUGACCAGUGAGAACAGUCCAGCUGAGGAGAAGCGUGAGCUCAUGGCCUUCCCUCCCCAGCUGGUGGCAGAACAAUUAACAAUAGUAGAUGCGGAGCUAUUCAAGAAGGUGGUGCCCAGUCAUUGCCUGGGCUCCACCUGGUCCAAGAGGAACAAGCCUGGCAAUGAGCACCUGGCACCCACAGUCCGUGCCACCAUCACGCAUUUCCAAAGUGUGACCAGCUGUGUCCUCACCACCUGCCUUGGGGACCCGAGCAUGACUGCCCAGCACAGGGCCAGGGUAGUGGAGCACUGGAUCCAUGUGGCCCAGGAGUGCCAAAUUCUGAAGAACUACUCCUCUUUGCAUGCCAUCCUCUCUGCUCUGCAGAACGCCUCAAUUUGCCGUCUGAAGAAGACAUGGCGGAAGGUUUCCAGGAAGAGCUACAAAAAAUUUAAGAAGCUCCAAAGCCAAGACAAGUCACUCAGCAGGGAACUGAUGACCAAGAACUCAAACCAGGAGAUCAUCGAGGAGCUGGCUGAUGGGUUCAACUACUCCAUCUCCCUAGACAAGGGGCAGAUGCACCGGGACACCAAGAAGGGCCGACAUUGGUCUUGGUGUGAAAAGGAGUCCACACUGUGCCUGGAUGAGGCCUGCACAAUGCGGACGCUCCAGGAAGGCACAAUUCAAAUGUUAGAGUCCCUGGUACCAGCAUACCCAAGUGAAAACAUCUCCUACAUCACCACAUUCCUGGACCCCUACCAGGCCUUCACCAGCUCCCAACAGAUCCUGGGCCAUUUUUUUAAAAGAUACAGACGCUCCUUCCCAUGUUCAGACGUGGAGGAAGGAACAGAAGAACCACUGAAAAGGGCCCUCUCGCCCAUGCUGCACAGCUGGGCAGAUCAAUACUUACAGGAGGACUGGCAGACCCUGCACCAUCCUUGGUUAAAACUGAUGGUGGCAUACAUACACGCCAGCUUGCCUGGCUUAGACCUGAAGUGCUGUGACCCACUGUCCAUGGUCCAUUUGGAACAUCUAGGGCCCACUGAGGCAGAAAAAGAGGUGCCAGCUCCAGAGCCCCAGCCUGCUGCAAAGUCAGAACAAAGGCCAACUCUGGAUUUAGAGCGUGUUCCAGCUCCAUUUUUACUACCGCCUUUAGUGAUGGAGCCACCAUCAACGGCUCCAGUAUUGGAGCAAGAGCAAACAUCAGCUCUGGCACAAAUGCCAAGCCCUGAGCCGGAGUCAGCUGGAUGUUCAGCUAUAUUCAGAAUUUGCUUUCCACCUCUGAAAGUAGAUACAGAGCCAGCUCCAGCCUCAGAGGCCUCAUGCCCCUGGCAUGUGACCAGUGAGAACAGUCCAGCUGAGGAGAAGCGUGAGCUCAUGGCCUUCCCUCCCCAGCUGGUGGCAGAACAAUUAACAAUAGUAGAUGCGGAGCUAUUCAAGAAGGUGGUGCCCAGUCAUUGCCUGGGCUCCACCUGGUCCAAGAGGAACAAGCCUGGCAAUGAGCACCUGGCACCCACAGUCCGUGCCACCAUCACGCAUUUCCAAAGUGUGACCAGCUGUGUCCUCACCACCUGCCUUGGGGACCCGAGCAUGACUGCCCAGCACAGGGCCAGGGUAGUGGAGCACUGGAUCCAUGUGGCCCAGGAGUGCCAAAUUCUGAAGAACUACUCCUCUUUGCAUGCCAUCCUCUCUGCUCUGCAGAACGCCUCAAUUUGCCGUCUGAAGAAGACAUGGCGGAAGGUUUCCAGGAAGAGCUACAAAAAAUUUAAGAAGCUCCAAAGCCAAGACAAGUCACUCAGCAGGGAACUGAUGACCAAGAACUCAAACCAGGAGAUCAUCGAGGAGCUGGCUGAUGGGUUCAACUACUCCAUCUCCCUAGACAAGGGGCAGAUGCACCGGGACACCAAGAAGGGCCGACAUUGGUCUUGGUGUGAAAAGGAGUCCACACUGUGCCUGGAUGAGGCCUGCACAAUGCGGACGCUCCAGGAAGGCACAAUUCAAAUGUUAGAGUCCCUGGUACCAGCAUACCCAAGUGAAAACAUCUCCUACAUCACCACAUUCCUGGACCCCUACCAGGCCUUCACCAGCUCCCAACAGAUCCUGGGCCAUUUUUUUAAAAGAUACAGACGCUCCUUCCCAUGUUCAGACGUGGAGGAAGGAACAGAAGAACCACUGAAAAGGGCCCUCUCGCCCAUGCUGCACAGCUGGGCAGAUCAAUACUUACAGGAGGACUGGCAGACCCUGCACCAUCCUUGGUUAAAACUGAUGGUGGCAUACAUACACGCCAGCUUGCCUGGCUUAGACCUGAAGUGCUGUGACCCACUGUCCAUGGUCCAUUUGGAACAUCUAGGGCCCACUGAGGCAGAAAAAGAGGUGCCAGCUCCAGAGCCCCAGCCUGCUGCAAAGUCAGAACAAAGGCCAACUCUGGAUUUAGAGCGUGUUCCAGCUCCAUUUUUACUACCGCCUUUAGUGAUGGAGCCACCAUCAACGGCUCCAGUAUUGGAGCAAGAGCAAACAUCAGCUCUGGCACAAAUGCCAAGCCCUGAGCCGGAGUCAGCUGGAUGUUCAGCUAUAUUCAGAAUUUGCUUUCCACCUCUGAAAGUAGAUACAGAGCCAGCUCCAGCCUCAGAGGCCUCAUGCCCCUGGCAUGUGACCAGUGAGAACAGUCCAGCUGAGGAGAAGCGUGAGCUCAUGGCCUUCCCUCCCCAGCUGGUGGCAGAACAAUUAACAAUAGUAGAUGCGGAGCUAUUCAAGAAGGUGGUGCCCAGUCAUUGCCUGGGCUCCACCUGGUCCAAGAGGAACAAGCCUGGCAAUGAGCACCUGGCACCCACAGUCCGUGCCACCAUCACGCAUUUCCAAAGUGUGACCAGCUGUGUCCUCACCACCUGCCUUGGGGACCCGAGCAUGACUGCCCAGCACAGGGCCAGGGUAGUGGAGCACUGGAUCCAUGUGGCCCAGGAGUGCCAAAUUCUGAAGAACUACUCCUCUUUGCAUGCCAUCCUCUCUGCUCUGCAGAACGCCUCAAUUUGCCGUCUGAAGAAGACAUGGCGGAAGGUUUCCAGGAAGAGCUACAAAAAAUUUAAGAAGCUCCAAAGCCAAGACAAGUCACUCAGCAGGGAACUGAUGACCAAGGAGGCACCCUCCAAGUUUGUCACCCCGGAGAUCAACACCCAGAAAACCCAGGAGAGGCAGCAGCAGCAGCAGAAAGGUGUUGUCCCCUACCUUCGAACAUUUCUCAGUGAACUGCUGAUGAUGCACCUGACCAUGGAGGAUUAUCUGGAGGGGGGAGAGAUCAAUCUCAGGAAAAGGAAUGCGGAAUAUGAAAUAAUGAGGGAGAUCCUGCUGCUCCAGGUGGCCGCAGAUAAUUACAACCUCAACCCCAACGAGCAAUUUGGGGCCUGGUUCCGAGACCUGGAGAGGCUCAGUGAGAAUGAGAGCUACAUCCUGUCCUGCCAGCUGGAGCCCCGAUCCUAGUCAGCCAGCAGAACUGGGAAGGCCCAGAAGAGCCAGCCAUCGUCAAGCUCAGGGGCGAGUGAGUGUCCGGGCUGGCAGUGCCACCUCUCCCUCAGCUGUGGGGACACAGCUGGGAUGCUUGGGGGUUCCAGGACCCCUGCUCUGAGGGGAAGGAGACCAUUGGGAGGCUCUUCCUGUGGUCCCCUGAAGGCCAGGGGAAGAGACAAUGAUCCCACCCAUCCCCCUGCCUUCUCUUCUCCAAGGCCCAUACAUAGUCAUUUGGAGGGGUGAUACUUAGUAAAUGCCAGAUUUAAAUAUUAUUAUAUUAAAGUCCUGUUGCUUUGAAA